AUGGCUGACAACGGAGUCUUUCAACCUACUCAGGCCGAACUCAUGGCCCAGAUAACUGACCUACAGGCAGAAGUAAAAAGACUUGCCGAGUUAUCCACUCAGAAUAACGUCAACAAGCAAGAGGACAAUGGACACAACGGGAAAGGCAACACGAGCCUACUGAGCAUCGACCCACCAAAGGAGAAACUGACCUUGGAUAACCCAUUUUCCGAGGAUAUUACCAAUUACCAAAUGCCAAAACAUUUUACACUACCUUCCUCACUCGAGCCAUAUAAGGGGAUUGGGCUUUUCCGACCUACCUUGACGGCCCUCCUUUGGUUUUCAAAACUACCUGAAGGAUCAAUCUCUUCCUUCGAGGAAUUGGCAAGAUCCUUCAUAGACUACUUUGCGGCUGCACGCAUUUAUGUGCACGGGUCAGAUUACCUCGGCACCAUCCGCCAAGGUCCCCAAGAAAGCUUGAAGGACUAUUUAACCAGAUUCGCUGACGCAACAAUGGAGAUACCCGAUCUAGAUCCUGCUGUCCAUCUUCACGCCAUAAAAGCCGGCCUCAAACCCGGAAAAUUCAGAGAAACAAUUGCCGUCACAAAGCCGAGAACCCUGGAGGAAUUCCGAGAAAGGGCCGCAGGGCAGAUGGAAAUUGAAGAACUCCGAGAGGCCGAGAAAGUGGACAGAAGGCAAACCCGAAAGGAAGAGAGCCGAACAAUCAGAUCAGGGGACAACAAAGACACCAGAAAAAUGUUUAAACUUACACCGAAGUUUGACAACUACACCAGGUUCAACACAAAGAGAGAAAGGAUCAUCAAGGAAAUACUCAAUGCCAAAAUCAUCAAACCCCCUGUUAGGGCCGGAAGCUACCAAGACCAACGAUUCGUGGACAAGACCAAGCACUGCGCCUUCCAUCAGGAAUAUGGUCAUACCACCGACGAGUGCAUCAUAGCCAAAGAUUUGCUGGAAAGAUUAGCCCAACAAGGACUCCUAGACAAAUACAUCGAAGGCACAAGGCAUAAAGGAGCAAAGACAGAUCAAGAUGAGCAACAAACUCCGAAGAACAAAGAAACCGACAAAUGGCCGAGCAACAAUCCCCCAAAAGGAGUCAUCUAUUGCAUAUCAGGAGGAUUCGCAUGUGGCGGAGAAACAGCCUCAGCACGAAAAUAA